UGUAAAGCUUUCUCUGGCAUAAACAGUGAACCGGAAUCCGUUUCGUGCUGUGCAUAUGAAGAAUCUGCCGCGCUGUUGUCGUUUGUCGCCAGUUCAACGGGUCGUUUUCGUAAAUACGCUUAAUAAUAUUGUCUCAAAAAUAUCUCAAAACCAACGCGAAUUUGAGGUAAUGAAAGUACAGUUUUUUGCAUGUAAUUGUGCUUAUCGAUCGAGAAUUUUUCAAAGAAUCCUGCGCGCCCAUCUUUAUCAAAUGUGCUGCAUUUUUGGCGGACUUGCAUUCUGGCGGAAAGUUUUCGAAGUAUUCGUGGAACCCGCCCCUAAGCGGCGCUCCAACUACUGUACGAACGAGAUACUGGCCGUGAGAAAGAACCCAUCAUGCCUCAGUUUGGAGUUGUCGGGCUCCAGCGGCGCACCACCCCAUCUGAAGUGCAUUACCGAAUACGAUGACUGGACAUUUGUCGAGUGGGCUGACAUUCCCGCGUGUCUAUUGAAUAGCUCAGUUAAAUCGAAUCCGCCGCUGGUGGUGGACAAUAACGGACCGGAAGUGAACGCUGAGGACUGCAAGAUUCUUAACAUCGAUGAUCUGAGUGAACUGGUGAUAUCCUUAACCACAUCACUACCGGCUCUGGCGCGCUUCGCGAAGCUGGACUUGACGUAUAGUACCGAUCAGCAUGGAUACGGUCUGCAUAAUCUGUAUCGCCGGGUUGGCGACAGCGAAGCGCCGGUACUGAUCAUUAUCGAGGACGCUCAGGGUCAUGUUUUCGGUGCACUGAUCUCCUGUCCUCCGAAAAUCUCCCGGUUCUUUACGGGAAACGGGGAAAGCAUGGUAUUCUGUCGGGAAAUCGAGUGGCAUUUACAUAAGUGGACGGAUACAAGCAACUACAACAUUAUGAAAGGCGAGCUGGAUUCCCUCACAAUCGGAUGUGCGAGUGGGGCAGCUGCAAUCUGGCUGGAUGAAAGUCUAUAUCGUGGCCGAACACAAGGUUGCAACACGUUUUCCAGUGAUCCAUUAUGUGACUGUGGAGAUUUCUUGAUUAAAGCUGUCGAAAUGUGGACUUUUGUGUAAUAGCCUCGGACACCGGCGAAAAAAGUUCAAUCACGAAAUUCUGCCUACUGGUAGAUUUCAGUUUGCAUUUUUUUGUUUAAGUGUUAAUUGCUUUUAAAUUUUUUGGGCAGUAGAACUUUUCAAUCGAGUAAGUACAGGUGUGUAUGUACGUGUUUUAGUUUUACGAAUUCUUAUAUGCGCUGUAUUCAAUGAUCAUAUUAGCCUAAGCACGGAUAUUUUGAUAGAAUGUACUCAUAUACAAAUUGUAUUUGUA